AUGACACAUAAAAACAUAUUAAUAAUUGGUCGUACAGGUCAAGGUAAGUCAGCUCUCGCUAACGUGUUAGUUAAUAGUGAGCAAAAUUUUAGAGAAGGAGGAACAUUUGAUGAGUUUUUCAAAGAAGGUAAAUAUGGCAUUAGUCAAACUAAAGGAAUUCAAACGAAGGAAUUCGAGAUAGGAGAUGAGAAAUACCGAAUAGUGGACACUAUAGGAAUUGGUGACACAGACAUGAAACCAAGCAAAGUAUUGCGUAUGAUAGCCAAGGGAUGCAAGGAAGUUAAAGAUGGAUUAAACCAAGUUUUGUUUGUAAAUGGCGAAAAGUUUACAUCAGAAGAAAUAGAAGCAUACACUAUACUGAGAAAAGUCCUUUUUGAUGAAGAAAUUGUCAAUUAUACUACUAUUAUUCGAACUAGAUUCGAUAACUUUGGAGACGAAGAAGAAUGCAAGGAAGAUGUCAAAAAACUACUUGAGUCAGAAAAUGAAAAGAUUACUGAAAUGAUUGAAUCAUGUAAUAGAAAAAUUAUUCACGUAAAUAAUCCAUCAUUGAACAUUAUUCUUAAAAAUAAUGUUGAACUUAGUUUAAAAAAGAUAAAUAUAAACAAAGAAGAAAGGCUAGCCUCAAGAGAAAUAUUAAUAAAAUACUUAGAAGAAAAUUGCCAAAGUACUUAUCGACCAGAAAACUUGGAUAAAAUAAAUAAAAAAAUUGACGAUUAUUUGAUAAAGGAAGAUGAAAACUUGAGAAAAGAAUUAAAAACUUUAAAGAAAAAGGUGAAUAAUUUAAAAGAAGAAGGAGAUUCAGUAAAGGAAAAAGAAUUAUUAAAAAUGCAAAUGGAGACUAUAAAAGAAUUAAUAAAAAAAAAUAAUGAACUUAUGGAAAAAGGCUUGUUUGAAGCUGUAGGAAGGGGAAUGGAUAAGAUAGUAGAUAAAUCGGUUCAGGCUGCCAUCGAAGUCGGCCAAACUCGCAAUAAGUCUAGAGAAAUAUUAUUAAAGCAUUUGUCUACUUACGGAAAUAUUUACAGAUCUACAAGUUUAGACAAUUUGAACAAACGGAUUGAUGGAUAUAUAAAAAGAGAGGAGGAAUUAAGAGAAGAAACAAAAAGCGAAUUUAAAAAGAGCCUCGAGGAAGUUAGAAAAGACAAGAGAGAACUAAAAAAAAAAAUAACUAGAGAAUUUAUUCAACAUAUUAAGGAAACCACACAAAAAUGGUUCGAUGAGAAAUAUCUAGAUAAGAAUAUUUCCGAGUUAAACAUUAGUGGAAAAAAAUUAAAAGGAACUUUAAAAAUAAAAGGAUUUAGCAAUUUAGAAAUAUUAAAUUGCUCUGACAACAAACUAAUCGAAUUAAAAGUUUGCGACUGCCCAAAAUUGAAAGUGAUCAAUUGUUCAAAAAACAGACUUGCUUCUUUAAAAAUUAAGGAAUGUUUGCAAUUAACUGAACUUAAUUGCUCAAAUAAUUUAAUUACUGAUUUUUGUUUUGAUUCUUUAAAUCCUAAUAAAAUAACUAUGUUUAAUUUGAUGCACAAUGAUUUUUCAAAGAAAGAUUUGUCCUGUUUUAGCCAGUUUGUUAAUUUGACCAGUCUCUUGAUUGGUACUAACGAAAGGCGUCCAUUUGCUACGAAAUCACAACUUUUUUAUAACCGUUUUUAUGGUAGUUUAGAACCUUUAAAAAAUUUGACUAAGUUAGAAAAAUUAGAUAUUUCAGGAACGAAUGUUAGUGAAGGUUUAGAAUAUUUACCUAAGAAAUUAAGAAAAUUUGAGUUCUCUGACAAUGAUGAAAGUAAUAGCGAAUUAUCUGAAGGAGAAUCAUCAAAUCAAUCUCUAUCAACUUAUCACUCUUCAUCCUCGUCAGGCAUAACAACUUCGAAAUCGCUGUCAGUUACUAAAAAAAAACCUCUUUCUCAAGAAACAGAGUUAAAAAAAAAGAAUGAAGAAUUAGAAGGAAGAUUAGAUAAUUUAGAAGAAGAAGUGCAAUCUUUAAGGCGAAGAUUAGAGAGAUUAGAAAAAGUGAAUAAUAAAAAACAAUACGGAUUUCCGGAUGAAGCAGAAAUUGAAAGAGUUAUUAAAAGAGUGACUCAACCAGGUUAUCGCCGAAUAAAUAAACUUUUGCCACCUAAUGCUAGCGAACAAGAUAAAGUUAAGUAUAAUCUUUGUAAAAGUAUAAUUCGUUAUUCCCGAGAAAAUAAUCUUUCUGAACAAGAAUUAAAGCAAAGACUGAAUAUCGACCAAGUUAAGUUAGAAUAUGUUCUUUUUUGCCACCUUGACCGGUUUAAUUUGGAAGAACUAAUUGAUUAUGUAGCAAAACUAAUGGGUCACUUGGAAGUAAAAAAACGUAAUGAGGAAUUUCACCAGAGCAAGAAGAAGAAAUUCAGAGAAAACCUAAGUCAAUACCUCCUAGAUGACAAAGUUAUUAAAGAUUUUGUUCAGCAAUUACGCGAAGAAGAAGUAUGGUUUGAAGGAUUUAAAUUGCAAAGUAUUAGUAAAAAUUUAGAUUUUUGUUCUAAAGAUUGUUUUCUUAUAUGGGCAGAGCAAACAGAAGUUAACUUAAGAUUUAUUGAUUACCUAAAAAAUCAGAACCCUGAUUUGCAAGAAACAAAAGACAAAUUAGAUGAGAAAAAUGAAAAAGAGUUAGAUAUUAGUGAAAAAAGUUUGGAAGGUUCUUUGGAUCUGUCUGAUUUUGUUAAUUUAGAAAGUUUAAAUUGUAUUAAUAAUAGACUUACAAUUCUAAAUGUCGGUGCUUGUAACAAAUUAAGAGAACUUUACUGUAAAAAUAAUUGUUUAAUUAGUAUAAAUUAUCCAAUUUCAAAUCCAGAAAAAUUAACCAAUUUAAGCAUAAGAAAUAACAAUCUUCCUAAACAAGACUUAUCAGCUUUUAGUAAGUUUGUUAAUUUGAAAGGGUUGUAUGUUGGUAACGAUGAGCAAGAAAAAAUUAAACAAGGUAUUAAUAAUCACUUUGUUGGUAGUUUAGAACCGCUAAAAAAUUUAACUAAUUUGAAAAUAUUAGACAUUUCUAAUACUGAUGUUGAUAGUGGCUUAGAAUAUUUACCGGAAAGCGUAGAGGAAAUCUAUUGUUUGAAUGAAGAAAGACCGGAAAGUAAAGUGAGUAAAAUAAGAGGAGAAUUAGAAAAAUCAAGUUUUCUUUUCAAUGGCAAUGAUAAGUAUGUUAAAAAACAAAAUGCUCAAGAAUGGUUGAAUGAGAGUUUUCCUAAGAAUGAAGUAAGUAACCUUGCUGGUUAUGAAGGAAAAACUAGAGAUAAAAUCACCGAAUUAGAUAUUAGUGAAGAAAGUUUAGAAGGUAAAUUAGAUUUAUCAGAUUUUACCAAUCUAGAAAUGUUAGAUUGCUCUUAUAAUCAGUUAACCAGUCUAAAUGUGAACAGUUGUCAGAAAUUAAAAUAUAUCAGUUGUGGUUUUAAUAAACUAACUAACCUUGACUUAACUAAUCUAACACAAUUAAAAAUAAUUGAAUGUAAUGAUAAUCACCUAACUAAAUUUGAUUAUUCGUCUUUAAAAAAUUCCGAGAAGUUAACUUAUUUAAACAUCAAACAUUUGGUUAAUGAUAUUUACAACAAAUUUACUGGUAGUUUAGAACCUUUAAAGGAUUUAAAACAAUUAAAAGAUUUGCAUAUUAGUAAUACUGAUAUUGAUUCUGGUUUAGAACACUUAUCUGAAAGCAUGGAAACUAUCACUUGCGAAAGCAAUGAAAAUUUUAAAGUCAAAGUCAUCGCCAAAACAUUGAAAUAUUUUAACCAAGAUAUCAAAAAAUAUAAAGAGUUUGCUAAUAGAAAGAAAAGAAAGGAUAUUGCUCAGUUAAAUAUUAGUAAUAUUACCAGCGGCAAAAAUAAAACACAAGAACUAAAGGGAGGUUUAAUGUUGAAAGGAUUUACUAAGUUACAAGAGUUAGAUUGCUCAAAAAACCAACUAACUAACCUAGAUUUAAGUGAUUGUAAAAAAUUACAAAAGUUAGAUUGCUCUAAUAAUCAGUUUGCUAAUACUGAAUUCCUUGAAAAAUUGGUUACUAAAGGAGAAUUAAAAGUAUUAAAAAUGUCUAAUAAUAAAGAAAUUAAUAGUUUAGACUUUUUAACUUCUUUUGAAAAUUUGGAAGAAUUAGACAUCAGUGGCACAAAUAUCGAAGGAAAUUUAAAAUCCCUUAAAAAAAGUUUAAAAAAAUUAAAGACUUUGAAUAUUACUAACACCAAAAUUAGUGAAGGUUUUGAACAUCUGGAGGGUUUGGAAAGACUCGCUUGUGGCAAAACUGAAAUUAAGGAUGAGCUAACAAAAUACGAAAAUAAAGCUAACCAUGAUACUUCUUCAGUAAUUUCCUUAGAAAGAUUAUUUGUCAUUAGAAUAGGUGGUAGUUUAGUUUUAAUUGGACAGUCGGACACAGAAAAUCCCAAUUCUCAACUUUACACUCAAACAGGUGGUGUCAUUGCAAUUGUCUCUCCUUUUAUGGAAAUACUUACUUCCUAUAUAAAUGAUAAACUUUUUGAAGUUAGACAAGCAGAGUGGGAUGCAUUUGUGGAAGAUGCCAAAAAUCUGCUUGACAAUUAUCAUGAUUUGCAAGUAAUGCUGGGAGGGAUUGAAAAGAAAGAAGUAGGAGAAGUAAAUACAGCACUUAAUGAUUUAAGGGACAAAACUAAAACAUUUUUAGACAAGUAUGAUGAGGAUGGAAAUGGAACCAUUAACGAAAAAGGAGGAAAAGCACCAGGAGGCAGUCAACUAGGAAGAAUUGCUGAACUAAUUAGAAAGUUAGAAGAAAGUAUAAAUAGUUAUCGUCAAGACAAGAUUUCAGAAGAAAUGUUAUUAAAAAUGUCAUUAAGAAACAAAAAACAAGAAUUAACUUGGAAAAUAAUUGAUUCUACUAAUUUGUCUGAGAAUAAUAAUAAUUUAGAAGAUACUAAAGAGAAACCACUACAUCACCUUGCUGAAAUAAUAGCAAAAAAAUUAGAAAGUACCAAUAAUAAUGUACAUGCAUUAGAUGAAAGACAAUUAACAGAAUUUCUCAAACAAACAAAAGACUUUUGUGAUAUAUUAAAAAACGACAAUGAGUUAGGGGAAAUUUUCUCAUCUCUAGAAGGAAAAAAAGAAGAAAAAAUAGUUGAUGAGGUAAUUAAGUUGUUCGAGAAAGAAGAGAAAGUAGAAGAAGACAUAAAAGUGGAUAAUGUUUCUUCACAACAGCCGAAGGAAAAAGUUGAGGAAAUAUUCACUAAACUAAAAUUAGAAGAAGAAAUCGAGAAUCAAAUAAAAAAAGUUUAUAAAGAUGAGAAAGAAAUAGAGGGAGAAAAAGCUAAAAUAAUUAGAAAAAUAAAAAAUAAACUAGAGGAAAAACUAGAAGAAAAUUUCUUGAAAACGGAAGAUAAAAAGAAUGCUGCAUCAGUAAAUUCAGAACUAACUAGUCAAAAAGAAACAAUAAUUGACUUAGAGGGAGAUGAAAAGGAAACAAAUAAAGAAGAUCCUCAAGAACAAUCUUCUACCCAAGCCCAAGUAGAAAUGCCCCCUAAAUAA